CACCGCUUCCGCUUCACCUCCAUAAAUGACUUCCUCCCCGCCACCCCGAGCCCUCUUCUUACCUAUAUAGAGCAGUCUCCCCCCUCAACUCGCCUGAAUUCGUCAACCUCGCUUCUUCCAGUCUCUUGCACCUACCUUCACUCGCUCCGGCAGCACCUCACGUGCCCUUCCGCCACCCCCUCGGGACGCUUACCGUACCGUGGUUAAGCGUUCCCGACUCUUACUGUCACUUGCACUCCCACCCGCGCGUCGACACCACUGCGCCUAUAAGUAUUCGAUAUGGCACCGAGCCUCUUGCUGCCGCCGGAGGAGCCGCACGAAUUCCUUCCCAAGCCGGUGAAGCAGGCGCCAAAGCCGAACAGCGUCGAGGGAGCCAUCUCGCUGGACAACCAUGCACCCGUUGGGGGGCAUUUCUCUUUUCAGUCUUCUUUUCCUUCUGUCAAUGGCCAUGGUCAGGGCGGUGCUACCAAUGGGUUUGCUGGCAGUACCGGUUUCUCGGGUCAUCAGGCGGACAGACGGGAUUUCGUCACCUCUCAAGCUCUGUUGGAACAGUCUAUGAACUUUGCUUCUGGUCAUUCAAGCGCGGAGGGGGCCGCUAAGAAACCCAACAUUUUGUACAUCAUGGCCGAUCAGAUGGCCGCACCUCUUCUCAAGAUGAACGACCCAGACUCGGUGAUCAAAACACCAAACCUCGACGAGCUCGCCAAGAACGGCGUUGUCUUCUCCUCCGCCUACUGUAACUCGCCUCUGUGCGCUCCUUCUAGGUUCACCAUGUGCAGCGGACAGUUGCCGUCCAAGAUCGGUGGCUAUGACAAUGCCGCCGUCUUAGGCCCCGAGGUCCCUACUUACGCGCACUAUCUGCGCCGCGAAGGAUACGAGACAGCGCUGGCAGGCAAGAUGCACUUCAUCGGCCCCGAUCAGCUCCAUGGAUUUGAGCAUAGGCUCACCUCUGACAUCUACCCCGGCGACAUGGGCUGGACCGUGAAUUGGAGUAAGCCUGAGGAGCGCCAGGAGUGGUACCACAACAUGUCUUCAGUCAUGCAGGCUGGUCCUUGCGUCCGCUCGAACCAGCUAGAUUAUGAUGAGGACGUCAUGUAUAAGGCCUCGCAGUAUCUCUAUGACUGGGUCCGUUCGGACUCGAAGGAGCGCCGCCCCUUUGCACUGACUGUUUCUCUGACCCAUCCCCAUGAUCCGUACACGAUAACGCAGGAGUACUGGGACAAGUACGAGGGUGUUGACAUUCCUCUGCCGAAGGUGCACAUUGCUCAAGAAGACCAGGACCCUCACACGCAGAGGCUUCUCAAGACCAUCGAUCUGUGGAACAACCCAGUCCCGGAGGAGGCCGCCAUACGGGCACGCCGCGCUUACUUUGGCGCCUGCACCUUUGUGGACGACCAGGUCGGAAAACUUGUCAAGAUCCUCAAGAACUGCCAGCUGGAUAAGGACACUGUCAUUGUAUUCUCCGGGGACCAUGGCGACAUGCUUGGUGACCGCGACCUCUGGUACAAGAUGUCCUGGUUCGAAAACAGCGCACGGGUGCCGAUGGUUAUCCACUACCCUGCUAAGUUCAAGCCUAAGCGAGUUACUCAGUCGGUUUCUACCAUGGAUCUGCUCCCGACCUUUGUGGACAUUGCGGGAGGUGAUGCUUCGGCCAUUCUGCCUAUCGACGGAGACAGUCUCUAUGACUACCUCGUGUCCGACAAGCCCGGAAAAGACGAAGUGUUCGGCGAGUACAUGGGAGAAGGGACUGUGACGCCUGUCAUGAUGAUCCGACGCGGACCGUGGAAGUACACGACGUCUCUUGUGGACCCUCCGCAGCUCUUCAACCUUGUCGAAGACCCCCAGGAACUUGUCAACCUCGCGACGUCUGACAAGCCCGAGCACGCCCAAGCAUUCGCUAAGUUUGAGGCGGAAGCCCGCAUGAAGUGGGACUUGCAGAAGAUCCAUCAGGACGUCCUGCUGAGCCAACGUAUGCGCCUGCUCUGCUCGAGCGCGCUGAAGAUUGGACGUAAGGAGUCUUGGGACUACCAACCACCAAACAAGGAGCACGAUAAAUACAUUCGCUCUCAUAUUCCGCUCGAUGAGCUUGAGCGCCGGGCGCGCUUCCCCGUGGUCGACUACCUUGGUCGCGAGAAGACUGCUGCGGCCACUCAUCACGGCGUUGCUGGAGCCUUCGGUGAAUGAGCUCGACCUAGGCUGCUCUUUCGACCUUCCUACCUUCCAUAUUCCUGCAUAUUUCCUGCAUCUCUUUUCCGGUUUGUUUUAUUUUCGCAGUCGGGCAUGAAGCAGCAUCUUCAUCGGAAGC